UGCGCCCCCUCUAAAGAUGGCGACUAGCGGUGCACUCUCCAUCCUCGACGAGGCUAAGAAGUUAAAGGACGACAAGAAGGAAUGGACUGAUUUUGGGGAAUAUGUGGUCGACACCGUGGCCGAGGUGGUUUCAGCCAUAAAAUCCUAUGAUGCGUCGGCGGAAGAGGCAAAGCCGUGGGUGGAGAGUAUCACAAAGCUCAAUAGGGUGCUACAGACGAUAAGAUCCGAAAUCGAACGAAGACAGAAAAUAGCAGAGAAACGACCGGCUGUCCUAAAUGUAGUGUCUUACUUGAGAGACACUGGGAGAAUUGAUGGCCUUAAGAAAGACUUUGACAAAACAUUGGCGUCGUUUCAGGACGAAUCUAAUGGGUGGUGCCAAAUUAGCGGCCAUAGAACGUCAUCUACAGGACGACAAAAUCCUCGAUAGUCUCCGAUAUCCUCAUAUCAACCACGAUGAUUUCACUCAGGCGUGCCUAGAAGGGACUAGGAUUGAUCUCACGGAGCGUAUCAUGACAUGGUGUCGCAACACUGAGGAGAGUGAGAACCGGCUACUCCUACUGACAGCUGUGGCUGGUGCCGGCAAGACUUCAAUUGCGCUCACGAUCGCAGAACGAUGUGCUAGUGAAGGGGACGUUACGUUGUUAUUGCACUUCUUCUUCAAAGCGGGAGAACGGUCGCGGCCCGAUUUUCUGUUCAGCGGCAUAGCCCGAACUCUAGCAGACCAUGACCCGUUUUACCGCACUUUCAUCAUCUCUACUCUUCAAAAGGACCCUUCCCUCUCAACGGCCGUACUCGCAAAGCAAUUUGAGAAUUUGGUGGCUUUGCCUCUCCUCCAUAAACCUCCCGACCGUCCCAUGGUGGUUAUCAUCGAUGCUUUAGAUGAAUGUGACAAAGAAGUGUUCGAGUCCUUCGCUGAUAUUCUUCGGCAGGAAGUGCCUAAGCUACCAUCUUCCAUAAAAUUCUUCAUCACAUCGAGACACACUGAUCUUGUUAUACGCACUCUCUCACCCCUAUUCCCUAUCAGUCGACUUGCUAUUGACCUUUCGGAUGACGCAAAUGCGCAGGACUGUGCUACAUAUAUACGUUUUGAGCUGCAAAAGCUGAAGGAUUGGCAUCCCGAUUUACGGCGUAAUCUUCAGGACGAGGAUAAAAUAGUUCAGGAGAUCUGGGAACGUGCAAGUGGCUUGUUUGUUUGGAUCAGCACCAUUUUUCGCUACAUGAAGACAGCCAACAACGAUCCCAUGAGGGCGUUAGAGGGUUUGCUUGACACUGGUGCCAAACGAGCUGAGGGAAUGAUGGACCACCUCUAUACAAACAUCCUGAAGAAGUGCAAUUGGGAAGAUGAAGAUUUUUCCCAUGACUACCCAAUCGUGAUGGGAGCAAUCUUUGUCGCACAGCAGCCUCUGUCCGUCACAGCCUGGAAUGCAAUUUUGUCACCUUUCCUCAAGUCUCCCGUUCAAUAUUCGUUGGCUGAACUUGCACCUCUGGUCUCAGGAGCUGACGAUUCCCACUUUCCGAUUCGCAUCUUACACCAAUCUUUCCGCGGCUUCUUUGUCGACCGGAUUGAUCCCCCAUCGAUCAGCCCUCGUUGUAUCCCAGUAGAUGUAGUGACAGCGAAUGCCAGAGUUGCCUUGCGAUGUGCCGAGAUUCUGAACCAGGAUCUUUGCUCUGUACAGGGCUUAGGACUGAUUGAAACCUUGUCCGAACAAGAUGAGCUGCCGCUUAUUCCCUCGGAGGAGUUACCCGAGCAUUCUCAUUAUGCAUGUCGCCAUAUUGUCCAUCACCUCAGUGGAGUCCAGGAACCAUCAGAAGAGCUUGAUGGGUCAGUUGAUGUGUUUCUCAAUCAUCAAGCCACUCGCUGGGUGGAAGUCUGUGUGAGAAUGGAGGGCUACAUUGGUAUCUCAUUACUCCCUGAGUGGGCCAAGUUGGCUGUUAGCCUCAAGUCAAGAAGUGCUGUCUGCACACUGGCCAGUAUGCUUGUCCGGCUUGCACGGAAUUUGUAUUUUUUUGCAAGAUUCCAGGGGGCAUAUGAGGCAGCAAACGAUUCCGUUGUACUCUGCCGUUACCUUCUUUCGGUGGACCCGGGGUCCUACUCCCCAGAUUUGGCCGAGUCACUUGGGGCUCUUUAUUUGGCCCUUUCCAAACUUGGACGGCACUCGGAGGCGCUCCCAUUCAUUGAAGAAAGCAUCAACCUCUACCGCCAGCUGGUUGCUGUUUACCCGGGGUCAUACACCGCAGAUUUGGCCGUGUCACUCAACAAUCUGCCUGGCGCUCUUUCCAAACUCGGACGGCACUCAGAGGCGCUCCCAUUCAUCGAAGAAAGCGUCAACCUGCACCGCCAGCUGGUCGCUGUUCACCCAGGGUUGUACACCGCAGAUUUGGCCGUGUCACUCAACAAUCUAUACCUUGCUCUUUCCAAUCUCGGACGGCACUCGGAGGCACUCUCAUUCAUCGAAGAAAGUGUCAAACUCCGGCGCCAGCUAGUCGCGGUUCAUCCAGGGUUAUACACCCCGGAUUUGGCUAUGUCACUCAACAAUUUAUAUGACGCUCUUUCCAAUCUUGAACGGCACUCAGAGUCGCUCUCAUUCAUCGAAGAAAGCGUCAAACUCCGGCGCCAGCUGGUUGCUGUUCACCCGGGAUCAUACACCCCGGAUUUGUCCAUGUCACUCAACAAUCUAUAUUGCGCUCUUUCCAAUCUCGGACGGCACUCGGAGGCGCUCCAAUUCAUCGUAGAAAGCGUCAAACUCCGGCGCCAGCUAGUCGCGGCUCAUCCAGGAUCAUACACCCCGAAUUUGGCCACAUCACUCAGCAAUCUAUAUUCUGCUCUUUCCAAUCUCGGACGGCACUCGGAGGCGCUCCCAUUCAUCGAAGAAGGCGUCAAGAUCUGGCGCCAGCUGGUUGAAAGCAACCCAGGAGCAUACACCCCACAAUUGGCCAAUUCACUCAGGAAUCUUCGCAACGCUCUUUCCAAUCUCGGACGCCAUUCCGAGGCACAAAUGGUCCAUAGUUGAGCCACCCAAGUCCCGUAGCUCCUCUUGUCAUUGUGUUUCUUUGCUAUCUGCUCAUGGGGAACACAAACAAAUCCAACCCCAAAUUUUUAUUGGACGCUAUGGAUAAGGUAGUUACAGCUGCCUACACCCACAACAGAUCACAGUCGCGACCUAUAAUCUUAAUAUGAAGGAUACUCAUUUCUUUAUAUGACACAUUUUCCUUCCCAUUGCUCAUCACUGAGAGUUUCUGCACACCAUCGUAAGCGGCGACGUUGAGGUUUGAUCGGUGAUGGAUGUUGAUGUGGCGAAAAGAUCCAAUCGAUAGGUCCACAUUGUCCGAUGGGGGUGUGGAAGUUGAGAACUAGCAAAGCUAGCUCAACUUAUGGGGGUGAUUUGAGCUUCAAUAUGUAAGGGACACGACAAGCUUCGAUUCGAGACAAUUAUCUCUAUAAAAAAUAUUAAGACACACUCUUGUCAAAUAAUGCAAAAGAGAACAAAAAUUA